GCUCAUCAUCGCCGCCGCCUCAUCCACGCCCUCGCCCCCGUCCACGACUCCCAACACCCCCGCCUACCCCCUACACAACACACCCACAUCCACCCUUACCAGCACCACCACCCACCAUGGACCGGUUAAGCCGAAUGCUCGCCGCCGCGCAGGGCAUGGGCGGCAUGGGCGGGCCCGCACAAGACACCAACCUGAUCGACAACUCGGAAACCGUCUACAUCUCGUCGCUGGCCCUGCUGAAGAUGCUGCGGCACGGACGCGCCGGUGUGCCUAUGGAAGUCAUGGGGCUGAUGCUGGGCGAGUUUGUCGACGACUACACAGUGAGGGUGGUUGACGUCUUCGCCAUGCCGCAGUCGGGAACCGGUGUGUCGGUCGAGGCCGUGGACCCCGUCUUCCAGACCAAGAUGAUGGACAUGCUGCGCCAGACAGGAAGGCAAGAGACAGUCGUCGGCUGGUACCACUCACAUCCCGGUUUCGGCUGCUGGCUCUCGUCCGUCGACAUCAACACACAGCAGUCGUUCGAGCAGCUCACCCCCCGCGCCGUCGCCGUCGUCGUCGACCCCAUCCAGUCGGUCAAGGGCAAGGUCGUCAUCGACGCCUUCCGCCUCAUCAACCCACAGACGCUCAUGAUGGGCCACGAGCCGCGCCAAACAACCUCCAACGUCGGCCACCUCAACAAGCCCUCGAUUCAGGCCCUCAUCCACGGCCUGAACCGCCACUACUACUCCAUCGGCAUCGACUACCGCAAGAACGCCCUUGAGGAGAACAUGCUGAUGAACCUGCACAAGCACGUCUGGACCGAGGCUCUGCUGAUGGACGACUUCAAGGAGGAGGGCGCGCGGAAUAACGACCGCUUGCAGAAGCUGGUCACGCUGGCAGAGGGCUACGAGAAGAGGGUCAAGGAGGAGACGGAGUUGACAAAGGACCAGCUGAAGACACGAUACGUCGGCAAGGUGGACCCAAAGAAGCACAUCCAAGACGUCGGCCAGCAACUCAUCGAAGACAACAUCGUCUCCGUCUCGCGGCAAAUGAUCGACAAAGAAGCCUCCGUACCAAAGUCCACCCCCAAGCAGACAGGGCACACAACCGGUGAUGAAGAUGUCGACAUGGAUGACUAGGCAUCGUCUGAGGAUAAGAGUCUACACAUUACCAUCUCCUACAUGGAAUGAUGCGUCGUCGCAUUUGACGUGGAGGGAGGGGCAUAUUUUGAAGUGAAGCGGGCGC